UUCACAGGCUGAGGAGAGUGUGUGAAAAACAACUGCGUCACUUUUAAACAACAAAAAACACCUCUGUGGUCGCCUGUUCCCGGUCUGUGGGUCCCGUUCGCGCGUGCAGCAUGGCUUGGACAAAAUAUCAGCUGUUCCUCGCGGGACUUAUGCUCACAACUGGCUCCAUCAACACAUUAUCGGCAAAAUGGGCUGACAUGUUCUCAGCGAGGGGUUGCCGGGACGACCCUGAACAUGGGUUCUCUCACCCGUUUGUGCAGGCAGUGGGAAUGUUUUUGGGCGAGUUCAGCUGUCUUGCGGUUUUCUACAUCUUGCUUUGCCACGACAGACGUAGCCCAGAGCCCAAGAUGAAUCCAGGCCAGAGCUUCAACCCUCUCCUCUUCUUCCCUCCGGCCAUGUGUGACAUGACGGCCACCUCCAUCAUGUAUGUUGCACUCAACAUGACGAGCGCCUCCAGCUUCCAGAUGCUGCGUGGAGCCGUCAUCAUCUUCACCGGUCUGCUGUCUGUGGCGUUUCUCGGGCGUCGCCUGUUGGCUAGCCAGUGGAUCGGCAUCCUCAUCACCAUCCUGGGCCUGGUGAUAGUGGGCCUCGCCGACUUCUUCAGCGGCCACAAAGACGAACACAAACUCAGUGACGUCAUCACUGGAGACCUUCUGAUCGUCUUGGCUCAGGUCAUUGUUUCUGUGCAGAUGGUCCUAGAAGAAAAGUUUGUCUACAAACACGAUGUUCAUCCUCUUCGGGCUGUUGGUACUGAAGGCUUCUUUGGUUUCUUUGUUCUGUCGCUGCUGCUCAUCCCCAUGUAUUUCAUCCAUGUGGGCAACUUCAGCGACAACCCUCGGCAGGUGCUGGAAGACGCGCUGGACGCCUUCUGUCAGAUUGGGCACCAGCCUCUCAUCCUGUUGGCUCUGCUGGGCAACACAGUCAGCAUCGCCUUCUUCAACUUCGCUGGGAUCAGCGUCACCAAAGAGAUCAGCGCCACCACCCGCAUGGUGCUGGACAGCCUGCGCACGCUUGUCAUCUGGGUGGUGAGCAUGGCGCUGGGUUGGGAGCAGUUUCACGGCCUGCAGGUGCUGGGCUUCCUGGUCCUGCUGCUCGGCACAGCGCUCUACAAUGGACUGCACCGCCCCCUGCUGGCCAGAAUACCGUGCUGCGCUGGGAUGGUGAACCAAGAGGAGGAGAGCAGCGCGGGAGAAAGGGAGAGACUGCUGGGUGAGGGCAGGGUGCAGGCUGGUGACGAGAGCUAAAAAUGUGUCUGUGACAGUUGACACCUUUAUUGAAUGCUGUCACUAAUAUAGUCUCUUUUUAAAUUGAGGGUUUUUUUUCUCACACCUCAGGUUUUAACUGACCUCACAGAAUAUGUGUGUGUGUACAUUAUUUUAAAGAUGAUAAAGAGGGUGGUGUAAAGGAGCUGUAAUGCUACAAUACAGGGAUUAAUUUGUUGUGUCCUUCUGAACAAAACAUUAAUAAUUUUUAGGCAAUAUCAACCUUUGCUCCCUGACCCUUUUUAUCUGUUUUUUAUUCUGAGAAAAGGCUUGAACUGACUGAUUUUUUAGCAUUGUUCAGUGUUUAACCACUAAAGCACAGGUUUAUGAAAAUUACUGUCACACAAGUUAGAAAUUAGUGUAAAGAUCGUUAAGAUGUCUUAUGCAGAUUCUCCUGUAUGCAAGUUUGCUUUCCUAUGAUCAAUUGUUAGAAUGGGUUUUUAUUUUUUUUAAAUGUUGCUGGCUGUGCAGUAUGAGUGUGCCAAAGUUUUUUCAGCGUGCACUGAAUGUCACUUCACUGCCUCGUGAAGGCAACAUUCAACAUUUUCUUUGUAAUCAGACUGCAGAGGCAUUUUCUUAAUCUCAGUUUGGUUGAAUACAGAAUCUACUGGAGGCAGAAAAGCAGUUUGGACAGAAUAUCUGUAUAUUUGCUCUCUGACCUUUUUACUCUUGUGGGUUUAUUUGUACAUAUCAACAUGUCACCAGAGGACUGAGCUCGCACACCAAGUGAUUUGCACUUGUUAUUGUAAAUCCUUUUUCUCUAUUCAGUCGUUUAAGGCGUUGGCUGUUAUGUACGGCCAAAAAAAGAAAAAAAAGGGAACUGUUAUUAAAUCACACUAGUUGAAUUGUGGAAUGGCCUUUUUACUCAGGCUUGUGUUGUAAUGUUGUCAUGGUGAAGAAAGUGAUUUUUUUACAAAUACAUUUAUGAAACAAGCCAAAAAGA